GUAGCGUUCCGCUGCGUUGCUUCCCAACAGGAAUUUAAAGCACACUAAAAAUUGAAAUUGGGCGCCGCACCUCUCGUGCGGCCGAGUGCACCUCUGCGCACCUCGCGCGAUCGAGUGCACCUCUGCGCUGCUCGCGCGCGCCUCCUCAUUGUUUUCCUGUUGCGUAUAUCCUUAACAGGUCGAGUAUUGCAAUUCGCUUUUGUCAUCGUUCUGCAAUCUUCGAAGAUGGGAAAAUCUAGUAAAGCAAAGAAGAGGAAGAGAUCACCAUCAUCUGAUCGUCUCGCAGGGCUGGAAAGUAGGAUUGACUGCUUAAUUGAUGUCUUGAAGCAGAGAGAGGUUAGGACGCCCGCCCAUUCUCUCUCCCCGAUAUCUCAGGACAAUCAGCGGUCUCGAAACGAGACAGAAUCCGCAGGAUCUGUCUCGCCCGUUUCCCUUGACGAACAGGUUGAAACGGCGGACCCGAUAACCUCAGGGGUAAGUAGCGUCAUCAAGGAGGGCGCAUCCCCUAGAUCUCAUACAGAGGUUACUCUAGACGAGAAUUCCUCUCUUCUAUUCCCGACCACAGAGGAGGAAGUAGCUCCUCUUACCAAGCAGCUAUUCGGCUCAGACUUGGAGGGCGAACAAGCUCCACCUUGGAACGAGAUUGUGACACAGAGGUGGCGCGAUCUAACGCGCAAUGGUCUCUCGCCGGAUCAGCGCGAACCACUCUUACGAAAAUAUUCCCCUGCGGAGACGUUAGCCUUUCUCAAAGCCCCUACUCUUAACCAGGAAUGCAAGGUGGCCUUGAAGAACAGCUCUCUGAUUAAAAGAGAUGAGUACAACGCUAAGAAUCACGACCAGAUUGGCAUAGCGCUGUGCGCCCUCGGGGAAGCCAUCUCCGAUUUUCUUCGCCCAGGCACAGAAGAAUCUCUAAGCCCCGAAGCUUGUUUGGCAGUUGCAAAAGUAAAUGAGGGUGCCAAGAUCCUAGCGGAUCUGUUUUAUCGGUUAUCUUUAACCAGAAGAGCACAGAUCAUACCGGCUUUAAAUCUGAACGCCAAAAAUACAGCCGAGGCAAUUCCAGUAGAUGAUCUCCUGUUUGGAUCAGACUUUGGAGAACAAAUGAAAAAAGUGGCUGCCAUGGAAAAAUCAUCAAAGGAGAUUAUUAAGACUCCGUUAGCUAUUUCGAGAAGAAUUCAGCAACCAGUUAAACAACCGUUGCAGAUGUCAGCAUCGAGAUCGGGAAACAACCGUGCCCCUGUAAGAAACUCGAGACCGGCGAGAAGGACAGGGGCAACGAACAGCAGUCGCCGGUCAGCAUACCGAUCCAGGUCUCACUCGAGAAGACGCUAGGGGAGGUAGAGGUAAAUAGAGCCGGCAGACUAGCU